AUGCCGCAGCUCAAUGGGUGGGUUUUCUGGAUUAUUGAGUACAUGUACUCGCUGCCAGAACCGCCGCCGCGGAAACGGACGAAGCCGAUGGAGGUUAUCUGUGUUGGGAUGCCGCGUACGGGGACCGAGUCACUGCAGCAUGCGCUCCUCAGACUCGGCUACGACCAUACCUAUCAUGGGUGGGAUAUCAACUUUGAGAGCCCUAACUACGCCCAGCAAUGGGUUCGGCUCUCGGCCGACUUCGACGCCGUGAUGGGACAUUCCCUUGCCGUAGCCGAUGCCCCGGCCUCUGUCUUUGCGGCCGAGCUCAUUGAGGCAUAUCCUGACGCGAAGAUCGUGCUUAACUACCGCAAGGAUAUCGACGCCUGGCAUAAAAGCCUAUCGAGCACACUUGCACGUGGUCCCAACCUCUGGGGCCUGUUCCUUCUCUCCUGUUUGGAUAAGGAGUGCUUCUGGAACUGGCACUGCUACAUACGAUACAUGUGGCCCGGUCUUUUCCGCGCUCUCGAUGGCAAGGUCGAGACAGGGAUGAAGCGCUGCGCACACUACAGCAUGAUUCGAGGCAUGGUCCCCAAGGAACGGCUGUUAGAGUGGUGCGUCGAAGACGGAUGGGAGCCGCUUUGCGAGUUCCUCGGAAAGCCUGUGCCGGACGAGCCGUUUCCACACACCAACACGGCUGCGGGCUUCGCCGGCCAGGAAAAGAAGUUGGGCCUGCGAUAUGUCAAGGGCGCAACAAAGAACCUAGCUUUCAUAGUUGGGGCUAUUGCUGUGGGCGUCUGGGCUUUUACUCAUUACGCUUACCGUUACGGAGACAAGAAGUAA